AUGAUCCGACUUCUGGUUCAAUUCGGGAACGUUCAUGAGGGGUGCAGUCCGAUUUCAUUGGCCGGAGGAAGGGGCCAGCUUUCGUUGAGAGGAGGAACUGCCGGAUUCGGCUUCCAUAAUGCCUCCGCUAUCGACAGCCUGCUGGAUAAGGAAGACGUUUCCGUAGAAGCUAUUUUGGACGAAGACGAUCUGCUGCAAGAAUGCAAGGCCCAAAACACGCGCCUUAUAGAUUAUUUCCAGCGGGUGGAUGUGUUGCAGAGAUUGCUGAAGCAUGUUUCGGGGCAGAUUGAGAACGAAGAGCACGGCCAAUUCAAGUACCCUUAUGUCUCUACCGAAGUGCUAUGCAGCGAGAUAUGGUCUAUUGUCGAGACGUGUGUCAACUCGCAAACCGAGCUCUUGGUCCCAUUCUGGGAUGCCAUCCUCGACAGAUCACCUGAAGACAUGAAGACGCAGAUGGUCAUGGCGUCGCACUUCGCCAAAAUCAACGCUGUGUUCUUGGGAAAAAGACCUGCGGAGAUGCUGGCUUUCAUCCGCGCGCAACCGGACAUUGUGGAGCGCAUUCUCCGACACAUCGAAACGCCCUCAUUCAUCGACCUGCUUGUGCGCAUCAUUCAGCUGGACGAACAGCCGGGAGGAGCGGGUGUGCUCGAGUGGCUGUCGUCAGAGAACCUGAUGGCUCGGCUCCUGGUGUUCCUCGCACCGACAUAUUCUCCGGACGUGCAUAAUGUCGUCGCGGAGCUCAUCAAAGGCAUCAUCUCGAUGGCCACUCCCACCCCCGGUGCCGGAUUGGGGGAAAUGACAGCCGGACCCGCGUCCAACAUCUUUGCGCGACAGCUGGCAUCGAUGGAGAGCGUCAAGACGCUAUCCGGUUACAUACUUCUGGACUACAAAACGCCGCCGCCAGACCAGGCUGAGACGGAGACCUUGCCAAAUGCGGAAUCCUGCACCUCCUCGGUCGUGCACUCCAUUGCGAUCGUCAUCGAACUCAUUCGGAAGAACAACUCCAACUACUUCGAGCCAUACCUAUUUCACACGCUUCGAAAUCGGCUCAUCCAGGUCCAGCAGCAUCUGGGGCCCGCUGCGCUAGAAGAGGACGGCGAUGGUGGACGAGAGCAGUUGGAAAGCGCUUUGGGAGAGAUGGUAGAUCGGAUUGGAGUGGUUCAUUUGGGUCCUCUGCUAGAGUUGAUCACAGAGAAGCUGGACGGGUUACAGGGCUACCUGCGUUCGCCACGCUCAGUCAACGGAACCAUCAAAACGACGGUCGGAGACAUCGCUCCUCUCACGUUUGAGCGCUAUCGGAUAUGCGAACUGCUUGCCGAAAUGCUGCACUGCUCGAAUAUGGCGCUCCUCAAUCGGGGGAUCGAGCACAGCCGCCUGUACGACAGCGAAGGUCGCCUUCAAGGCGGACUGGCUGCUCUCGAAGAACUCGCGCAGGUCAUCGCACUCAAUCCUGGCAGCGAGGACCGGGACACGCCGAUGCGAUCGAGGGAUGACAUUGCCCCUGCGCACGAGCUGCCUGUGAGCGGUGGGCUGUCAUCGCUGUCGGAUUCCGAUGAAGACAUGAGCGACGACGAGCCGGGUAGUUCGGACGAAGAUCUGAUGGAGGACGAUACUCCUUUUCCCAUCUCAAAACCACACGCGCCAUUACCACCUAGCGGCUCGCCCCCGCUGCAACAGGAAUCCGCGCCCAGCGCGUCUCCGGUGUUGCCCACGCCUUCAUCUUCGCCGAGUAUCAGGUCUCAGCGAGCAAGACAGAGCGUUGUGCUGGAGCUACCUCCGGGUGAGCUGUUCAAGCGUCGAUUUGUCGAACUGAAUAUCCUGUCGACAUUACUGGACCUCUUUUUCGAGUUCCCAUGGAAUAACUUUCUACACAGUGCGGUUUAUGACCUGACGCACCAGAUCCUAACUGGGACCGUCGAUAAUGGAGGGCAGAGUCGAGAACUGGCUAUUUCCCUCUUCCGCGAUGCAAAACUCAUGCAAAGGAUCAUCGAGGGUCAGAAAAUGAACGAUGCAGCGCAGGACAAGCCCAAGGCCGUACGAUUAGGGUAUAUGGGCCAUCUCACACUAAUUUCGGAGGACGUCUUGACUGCGAUGGAGCGUUUCCCCACGGAUGUGCGAGAGGCAAUCGAACCGUUUGUACCUCAGCCGGACUGGGACGAGUACGUCAAAGGACGCUACAAGGAAACGAAGCAGCGCGAUGCUGAGCCGUUGGGUGGCGGGAAACCAGUCAUCCGUAGCACCAUGGCAGGGAGCAGUCGGUGGAAAGUUGACGAGGAAGACACCACUGGAACCGCAGUCACAGGAACGACGACAGCGGCAACAACAUCCGACAGCGACGCAAAUGUCAAGGGCGAGUUCAAACGCGCCAGCUCGUCACGUCCGAGGCGGGAGGGCAGCGCUGAUUUCGGGCCUGCAGAUGCUAACGAAAACGACGGCUUCGAAGUCCGGUCAGCUGCAUUCUACGAAAGCUCAGAUUCAUUCGAUUCGGACGACGAGGAUGACUCCAACGGAGGAUGGUUAUCACAGUCCAAAUUUUCCCUCGGCCAGCCACCAGCGACUGGUCGCCCGGAACGAAGGCCUUUGAGUGCUUCUGGCUUCGAUGACGCCUUCGAGCCCGGUGCUUCAGAUCCAUUCGCAGAUGACGAUGGCUUCGGGCCCUUUUCAGAUUCUGGUUCUGAUGCGUUCUCAUUCGCUGACGAGAUGGACGAUACGGCUUUCGACAGUUUCGGCGACUUCGGAGAAUUCCACGGGUCAUCGUCAAUUCAAGACGGCGAGCUGACGCCGACCGGCAGCUGGACGUUUGCCAGCGGUUCCGGUUCAGAUGACGCGGGUUCGGAGCCCUUUGAUCCACAUAGUCCACAGGGAGAUAAACGAAUGUCGUAGUAUGUCAUGUAAGAUGUACUCGUCCUUCCUAUUCGGGUUUGAAUUCGUAUCCGCCCUGUCUGGCGACCGCCACAAAGUCGAGCGUGGCAAGCUCUGCGCCGGCAGAGUCCGCCAGUGUGCAUUCGACUUUGUCUCCAGGAGACACCUUCCCGACGCCGGAGGGUGUUCCGGUCAGUACGAGAUCUCCUUCCUGUCAAUAAGCGUCAG